AUGGAGAAUUCAGAAGGACCGAGUGUUGUGGCGGCCAGUCAGUAUAGCUUGACACAACCAAUAUCGUUAGCGGGGCCUACCGAAGCCGAUAUCCAAAGCACGUUAGAGUUGGGGAAGUUUUUGACUGAAGCUGGGAUUUAUGAGACUAAAGAGGAAGCUACCAAGAAAGAGGAGGUUUUUCAGCGAAUUGGGCAGGUUACUGUUGUUUUUCUGUACGUGCAUGGUCCCUGGGAUGACUUAUACACAUUAUGCGUCGGGCCAUCCUAUGUCAAUCGAGAGGAAGACUUCUUCUAUAUACUGCAAAACAUUCUGGAUGAGAUGGAAGAGGUGACCGAACUACAAUCACUUCCAAAUGCUCAUGUUCCUGUAAUGAAAUUUAAGUUUGACGGAAUACCAAUCGACCUACUUUACGCGAGCAUUUCUCUCUUGGUUAUACCAGAAUACCUGGACAUUUCUGACCUAUCUGUGUUGUACAAUGUCGAUGAGGCCACUGUUCGAAGUCUUAACGGCUGCAGGGUUACCAAUCAAAUUCCAAAACUUGUUCCAAAUGUUGAGCAUUUCCACAAAACACUAAGAUGGUUGAUUUGGGCGAAGAGGCGCGGUGUUUAUUCGAAUGUUAUUGGCUUUCUUGAUGGAGUGAACUUGGCUAUUCUUGUUGCCCGGGUAUGCCAACUUUACCCCAAUGCAGUUCCAAGCAUGCUGGUUUCUCGAUUCUUUAGGGUAUACUCCCUGUGGCGUUGGCCAAAUCCUGUCAUGUUAUGUGACCUUGAAGAGAACGAACUUGGUUUUUAUGUCUGGGAUUCGCGUAAAAAUCCUAGUGAUCGGACUCAUCAUAUGCCAAUUAUAACUCCUGCCUACCCUUGUACAAACUCUAGCAAGAAUGUCUCACAAAGUACCCAGUGUGUUAUGGAAGAGCAAUUUCGACACGGAAACAAAAUAUGUGAGGAAGUGGAAGUGUAUAAAACAAAGUGGUGUGCUUUGUUCGAACCAUACUUGUUCUUUGCAAGCUACAAGAAUUAUCUCCAGAUCGACGCAGUUGCUGCUGAUGCCGAUGACUUGCGCUCUUGGAGAGGCUGGGUGGAAUCCAAACUAAAGAAACUGACUCGAAUCAUUGAACGCGAUACAUUAGGUAUGUUGCAAUGCCACCCUUAUCCCCAUGAGUAUUUCGACACAACCAAACACUAUGCGCAUAGUGCAUUUUUUAUAGGUUUGCACAGGAAGCCAGGGGACAAGAUUCAAGGCCAUGAGCAGUUCGAUAUACGAGGGUCUGUUGAUGAGUUCAAGCUUUUCGUUAACAUGUACAUGUUUUGGAAACCGGAGAUGGAAAUUUAUGUUUCUCAUGUUCAUAAAAGGCUACUUCCCACUUACGUGUUUCCGGAUGGUUAUAGAUGA